AUGGCGGGCUCGUCGACGGCGAGCAGAGAGCCGCCAGUGGUAGCUCCUCUGAUCUGCUGCGGCUUGCGCAAGCGUCCCGAUUGGGCCUCACUUGCGCCGGCGCUUCUGCGAGCCAACGCCGAGCUAAGCUGGAAGCCAGAGGUCAGCCUCGGCACUCACGAUGUCGCCGUCCCUCUGCCGGGCACCGCUGGGUCACGCCGGAGGAUUCUACGCGCCAUCCUACUAUCGCCGGCUGAUAUCGGCACAGACGAAUCCCGAAGCCGAAUCGAGCGGCUGCGUCACCUCAACGGGGGACAGGACAGCGUAAUCGUGUUCCUGUUAAAGCCGGGCACCGCAGAGCAAGAGAGCCCCGUGUCUGGGCUCAUGAAGCUUCAGUUAGAGCUCGUCGGCGAGUUGGAAAUGCCCAUUAUCCCCGUCGACUCGAUCUCAGCUGUGCCAGCAAGCCUGGGCGCCUUUUGCCGUCAGAUGAGCACCAGCAGCGGCUCCCGGGAGAUGGCCAAUCCGGUUCGAUCUUUGCUCCCGUACUGCUCUGAUAAGCCGCCCUUGUCCGAACAUGAGGUCCAUGUCCUGACCGACAUCACGUCCGACCUGAGGCAUUUGCUAGAUACGGUAUCGACACCAGCCGGGCAGGCGAGGAUGGCCGAGUUUCUGGGAGGCGGCUCCGAGCGCGCCAUCUCUUUCUGGGAGAAGGAGUAUUUGGUUGAGUAA